UCUUUCCUUAAGAAAUAGGACUUUGCACAUUUUUGCUGGGGGUGGGGUAUCUACUAGGGUGCUAACCUUGCUGCGAUUUCUUUCCAUGUCCUUUUCAUCCCCAAUUGGAAAAAAGCGCACAGCGCGAGCGAGAAACUUUCCCAAAUGUGCUCUGGGUGACUUAAGUCAGAGAGAUGGCCGGCCGCUGGAGACCUGCUGUUUUGGAGGGAGGGGAAGAAGCAGCGCUUGAGUGGAAGAGCAGAGAGAGAGACCGCUCCCGGCCGCCUCAGAGCCCUGACCGCGGUGCGCUGGGCCUGGCGAGAGCUGGCGCACGGCUGCAGCGGUCGAGGCAGGUGAGCGGCUGGAGAGCCGCCUGCAGCGCCGCGCUCCCUCCACGGAGUGGCGCCGUGGCUCCCGCCCGCCCCGGCCCACACUAGGCUAGGGCCGCUCCGGGCGGGGGGUGAAAAAGGGACAGGACAGGCCCGCGAGGCUGACCCUGCGCAUUAUCCCUGGCCUCCGCGGCUUUGGAGCGGGAAAGGGCUCUGGGGCAGUUCGCAGCCUGCACAAACGACCAUGAAUGAGCCAUGCAGGCGGCGGUGCGCUGGACUUGGGCACCCGGGACCAGUCUCCUGUGGGGUCCCGGCCAGGCCCGGCUACCCAUUGCGGGCUGGGGCGCACUAGGAGGUAGAAGCUUUGCGCCCAGUAAGCCAGAACCUGCUGCUAUUUGGACUUUGGAAAAGUUUUUAAAAAUUGCUUUGGGAACUAAACAGAAGGGUUUCUACCGGGGUCUCGCAAAGUAAAACGAGUGGGUUGGGGGAUGGGGAUGGCGUCUUGAAAGUGAUUAGAGAUGCUUUCCGCCGUCACUGAGGACCGCGCUGGUCUCACCGAGGUGUUUUUUGGCGAGGGAGAGAAAAUAUUUAUUCUAGUACGUGUAUUCUGGCUCGGGUGCGGGCAGGGCGCGGUCCUGGAUCGUGGGCUAUGGGGGUCAGGGGGAUUCUGUGGCUGCAGGGACAGGUAGUGAAGGUUAGGACGUGUCUUCAUAGAGCCUCCUGUCUGGCGAGCCCGGAGCCCGCUCUGCCGCCGGGACACUGGUGGCAACGCGGGCGCGCGGGCGCAGUCAACAGCGAGGUGUGUAGUGCAAGGUGUGUGAGCGGGUGUGUGAAGAGGGCAGCGGGGGCGGGAGUGUGUAGCGGAAGUGGAGCGAGUGUGAGUGUGUGUGUGUGUGGAGGGGCAGGGUGAGUGUCCAAGCUUCCAUCUGGACGCCCCCACGCAGCCGACCGCCCAGACGCGCCGGGAAGGGCGCCCGCUCCGCGCAGCAGCUGAAGGGGGGCGGGGAGCGCGCGGGCAGAGGAAGGAGGGUGUCUCCGGCUGAGGAUUUCUCUCGAAGCUCCCCACAGUAAUUCUGCUCCUCCUAGGGUUUACCCUCCCAGUCCCAAGGUGCCCAAAAUACUUAAACAAACAAACAACCCAAACCUGUUCCGUUUUCGCUCCUGUAUAAAUAGAACAGACUUUCCAAAAAAGCAAUACGCAUUCACUCUUAUCACCAGCCACUUCUUUCCACCAAGUAAUUCAGAAAAAAGCAGUCAGCUUCCGUGAAUGCAUGUAGCUUUUUUUUUUCUUCGCUGCCUCCUUUUGCUUGCGGUUUUGAGCUGCCAAGAAAGUGAGUAGGGGUUUGACUGUAGUGUCUCGGCUCCGCUCGGUUUCUUUCCGAAGUUUAAUUUUCCGGAAUGGCUCCCAAACAAGGGCUAGGGAGGCGGAGCCGCCGGCACCGGAUCUUCGCCUUUUUUGGAAAGUCCCAGAGAACCGGAAUUCCUCCCCGCCCGGGGAGGCUGAGCCGCAGCCCGGAGCAGCUCGCUCUCAUGCUGUGGCUGUGACUGGGUCCAUGGCGCGCCCUCUCCCCCGCGAUCCCUGUGCCCCGGACCCAGGCUGCAGCUAGGGCCGCGCGCCCGGGACCCCAGCGAUCCCCGCCGCCUGCGAGCUGGAAGUCGCGAGCCCGGCGGAGUCCGCGCGGCCGAGCCCGUGUAUGCAAAUCAGCCAUGUGACGGCAAAAGCCGCCUGGCCCAGCCCUGUUCCUCAGUCCAUAUAUGGGCAGCGACGUCACGGGUAUUGAAGACCUGCCCAUAAAUACUUAGAGCAACACUUUCCGUCUAACUGAGCGAGGAGCAAUUGAUUAAUAGCUCGGCGAGGGGACACACUGACUGUAUAAUAACACUACACCAGCAACUCCUGGCUUCCCAGCAGCCGGAACACAGACAGGAGAGAGUCAGUGGCAAAUAGACAUUUUUCUUAUUUCUUAAAAAACAGCAACUUGUUUGCUACUUUUAUUUCUGUUGAUUUUUUUUUUUUUUUUUUUUUUUUUUUGGUGUGUGUGGUGGUUGUUUUUAAGUGUGGAGGGCAAAAGGAGAUACCAUCCCAGGCUCAGUCCAACCCCUCUCCAAAACGGCUUUUCUGACACUCCAGCUGUCUGACAACAUCUACCCGGUGGAGGACCUCGCCGCCACGUCGGUGACCAUCUUUCCCAAUGCCGAACUGGGAGGCCCCUUUGACCAGAUGAACGGAGUGGCCGGAGAUGGCAUGAUCAACAUUGACAUGACUGGAGAGAAGAGGUCGUUGGAUCUCCCAUAUCCCAGCAGCUUUGCUCCCGUCUCUGCACCUAGAAACCAGACCUUCACUUACAUGGGCAAGUUCUCCAUUGACCCUCAGUACCCUGGUGCCAGCUGCUACCCAGAAGGCAUCAUCAAUAUUGUGAGUGCAGGCAUCUUGCAAGGGGUCACUUCCCCAGCUUCGACCACAGCCUCGUCCAGCGUCACCUCUGCCUCCCCCAACCCACUGGCCACAGGACCCCUGGGUGUGUGCACCAUGUCCCAGACCCAGCCUGACCUGGACCACCUGUACUCUCCGCCACCGCCUCCUCCUCCUUAUUCUGGCUGUGCAGGAGACCUCUACCAGGACCCUUCUGCCUUCCUGUCAGCAGCCACCACCUCCACCUCUUCCUCUCUGGCCUACCCACCACCUCCUUCCUAUCCGUCCCCCAAGCCUGCUACGGACCCAGGUCUCUUCCCAAUGAUCCCAGACUAUCCUGGAUUCUUUCCAUCUCAGUGCCAGAGAGACCUACAUGGUACAGCUGGCCCAGACCGUAAGCCCUUUCCCUGCCCCCUGGACACCCUGCGGGUGCCCCCUCCACUCACUCCACUCUCUACGAUCCGUAACUUUACCCUGGGGGGCCCCAGUGCUGGGGUAACCGGACCAGGGGCCAGUGGAGGCAGCGAGGGACCCCGGCUGCCUGGUAGCAGCUCAGCAGCAGCAGCAGCAGCAGCAGCAGCUGCCGCCGCCUAUAACCCACACCACCUGCCACUGCGGCCCAUUCUGAGGCCUCGCAAGUACCCCAACAGACCUAGCAAGACGCCAGUGCACGAGAGGCCCUACCCAUGCCCAGCAGAAGGCUGCGACCGGCGAUUCUCCCGCUCUGACGAGCUGACACGGCACAUCCGAAUCCACACUGGGCAUAAGCCCUUCCAGUGUCGGAUCUGCAUGCGCAACUUCAGCCGCAGUGACCACCUCACCACCCAUAUCCGCACCCACACCGGUGAGAAGCCCUUCGCCUGUGACUACUGUGGCCGAAAGUUUGCCCGGAGUGAUGAGAGGAAGCGCCACACCAAGAUCCACCUGAGACAGAAAGAGCGGAAAAGCAGUGCCCCCUCUGCAUCAGUGCCAGCCCCCUCUACCGCCUCCUGCUCUGGGGGCAUGCAGCCUGGGGGUACCCUGUGCAGCAGUAACAGCAGCACUCUUGGCGGAGGGCCGCUCGCCCCUUGCUCCUCUCGGACCCGGACACCUUGAGAUGAGACUCAGGCUGACACACCAGCUCCCAAAGGUCCCGGAGGCCCUUUGUCCACUGGAGCUGCACAACAAACACUACCACCCUUCCCUGUCCCUCUCUCCCUUUGUUGGGCAAAGGGCUUUGGUGGGAAUAGCACUGCCCCCUUUCCACCUAGAAGCAGGUUCUUCCUAAAACUUAGCCCAUUCUAGUCUCUCUUAGGUGAGUUGACUAUCAACCCAAGGCAAAGGGGAGGCUCAGAAGGCGGUGGUGUGGGGACCCCUGGCCAAGAGGGCUGAGGUCUGACCCUGCUUUAGAGGGUUGUUUGACUAGGUUUUGCUACCCCACUUCCCCUUAUUUUGACCCAUCACAGGUUUUUUGACCCUGGAUGUCAGAGUUGAUCUAAGACGUUUUCUACAAUAGGUUGGGAGAUGCUGAUCCCUUCAAGUGGGGACAGCAAAAAGACAAGCAAAACUGAUGUGCACUUUAUGGCUUGGGACUGAUUUGGGGGACAUUGUACAGUGAGUGAAGUAUGGCCUUUAUGCCGCACUCUGUGGCCCUAGAAUGGCGAAUCAGAGCAUAUCUAGUUGUCUCAACCCUUGAAGCAAUAUGUAUUAUAAACUCAGAGAACAGAAGUGCAAUGUGAUGGGAGGGACAUAGCAAUAUCUGCUCCUUUUCGAGUUGUUUGAGAAAUGUAGGCUAUUUUUUCAGUGUAUAUCCACUCAGAUUUUGUGUAUUUUUGAUGUACACUGUUCUCUAAAUUCUGAAUCUUUGGGAAAAAAUGUAAAGCAUUUAUGAUCUCUUGAAAUGAGUCAGAGGUUAACUUAUUUAAGGGGGAUGUACAUAUAUUCUCUGAAACUAGGAUGCAUGCAAUUGUGUUGGAAGUGUCCUUGGUGCCUUGUGUGAUGUAGACAAUGUUACAGGGUCUGCAUGUAAAUGGGUUGCCUUAUUAUGGAAAAAAAAAUCACUCCCUGAGUUUAGUAUGGCUGUAUAUUUCUGCCUAUUAAUAUUUGGAAUUUUUUUUAGAAAGUAUAUUUUUGUAUGCUUUGUUUUGUGACUUAAAAGUGUUACCUUUGUAGUCAAAUUUCAGAUAAGAAUGUACAUAAUGUUACUGGAGCUGAUUUGUUUGGUCAUUAGCUCUUAAUAGUUGUGAAAAAAUAAAUCUAUUCUAACGCAAAACCACUAACUGAAGUUCAGAUAAUGGAUGGUUUGUGACUAUAGUGUAAAUAAAUACUUUUCAACAAUA